AUGAAGUUCAAUUAUAAACUUCAGCGACUGUGUGGGGCCUACUAUGGGAACCCAUCCACCACCGACACCUUUGGUGGGAAUGGACAAGGGAAUGGUUCCAAUCUAUUGUACACCUCCAAUGGAAACACUCUCAUAUCCUCAGUUUCCAACAGGAUCCAAGUUUUGGACUUGAAGAGCAACACUGUGAGGACUCUUCCAUUGGAAGCUCGUUCUAACAUCAAGUGCAUGGCUAUGUCACCAAAUGACACUCUCUUGCUUGUCGUUGACGUCAACAGUUACGCAAUGAUUAUCAACUUUGUGAGAGGAGUCGUCUUGCAUCGAUUCAAAUUCAAGAGAAAGGUUCGGUACGCAUCCUUCUCACCAUGUGGGCAAUACAUUGCUGUCACGCAUGGAAAGCACGUUCAAGUGUGGUUUGCACCGAACCAUUUGCGAAAAGAGUUUUCUCCACUCGUGCUCCACCGAACCUACACGGGCCAAUCGAGUGAUGUCACUCGGAUUGAAUGGAGUUCCGACUCUUCGGUAAUCAUGGCCUGCAGUCGCGACUGUACUGCCCGAAUAUGGACCCUCCAUACGACUCGAGACUUUAUCCCAGUGACACUGAGUGGUCACAAGACUCAAAUCAUUGGAGCCUACUUUGGAUACGAUGAGAAGAAUCGCAUCAAUUCUGCAUUUACGAUCAGUGAAGAUGGUGCACUCGUCACUUGGAAUGCUAAAGUCGAGAGCUUCGAGCAGCAGCCUAAGGAAGACAUUGACUUGCCACCAUCUAAUGAAUUUGAAGCGCAAGUGGAUGAUGCCGUUGACUUUUUCAGCGGUGGGGCCAAUCGCAUUAAGGUUGACUUUGCGAAUGACGAUUUGACUCAGGGACAUCACCUUGUCGAGAUACGAUGGGUGUAUGGCGUUCGUCAUUACUUCAACCAACAAGGAGCUAAAGUUGUGGUUACGUCGUACAACCAAAGUUCUAAACUUUUGGCCAUUGGAUUCUCUUCUGGAGUCUUUGGAAUCUACGAAAUGCCAUCUGUUUCCAACAUUCACACUCUGUCAGUGGGAUCAGGCCAGCUCAUUAGCUCUUGUAUCCUUAACAGCACUGGAGAAUGGCUUGCACUUGGUUGUCCAACCUCUCAACAACUACUUGUUUGGGAGUGGAGAUCCGAGACCUACAUUCUCAAGCAACGAGGGCAUGCCUAUGGCAUGCGAUGCAUGGCCUACUCCCCAGACGGAGUUGUUGUCUGCACAGGUGGCGAAGAUGGAAAGAUAAAACUAUGGAAUGCUACUAGUGGUUUCUGCUACGUUACAUUUGAACAGUCCCACCAAGCCCCCGUCACUGCUGUUUGCUUUGCCAACUCAAGCGUGGUCCUGACUGCCAGUCUAGAUGGAACGGUGCGAGCCCACGAUUUGCACCGAUACCGAACCUUCAAGACUUUGACCACUCCCACACCAGUCCAAUUCUUAAGUCUGGCAGUGGACCCAUCAGGCGAAAUUGUAACGGCUGGUUCCAUGGAUCCCUUUCAUAUCUACUCUUGGAAUCUACAAACUGGCAAGCUCUUGGACGUUCUCACUGGCCACUCGGGCCCAGUCUGCAACAUUGCUUAUCAGCAAAGUGGUGGAACUUUGGCCAGUGCCUCUUGGGAUGGUACUGUCAAGCUUUGGGAUCUCUACAAGGGCGACAUUCCAACUGAGUCGCUCCAACACUCUUCGGAUGUGGUCUGCGUCGCCUGUCGUCCUGACGGCAAGGAGAUUUGUUCAGGAAUGAUCAACGGUGUCCUGUCCUUUUGGGAUGUCGAGAAUGCCAAACUCAAGUACGAGAUUGAUGGCCGCCGCGACAUUACGGGAGGACGAAAGAUGAAUGAUCGCAUGACGGCCAACAACAAUGCGGCCUCGAGAUAUUUUACAUCUGUCUGCUAUUCUGCAGAUGGAUCUUGUAUUCUUGCUGGUGGCAACUCCAAGUAUGUUUGCAUAUACGAAGUGUCCCAGCAGAUGCUGCUGAAGAAAUUUCAAGUCACAUUUAACCGGAGCUUGGAUGGUGUUUUGGAUCAGUUAAACUCCAAGAACAUGACCGACUUUGGUCCCAUGGACGACCAUGCCGAUUCUGGUGACGAAACCAAUUACAAUAAGAUUCAUCUUCCUGGCGCCAAGCGUGGAGACGAUGGCUCUCGAAGCGGCAAGGUGGAAGUUUUGACGAUGCAAGUUGGCUUUUCCUCCACUGGACGCGAGUGGGCAACGGUCUCGGGGGAAGGCCUCCAUGUCUAUUCACUGGACGAAGACAUGAUCUUUGACCCCAUUUCGUUGACCGAGUCGGUAACACCGGAUGCCGUCAUGAACAAGUUGGAAAUUGGGGAAUAUGGUCUCGCCCUUCGCAUGGCACUACACUUGAACGAAUUCAAGUUGGUCCGACGAGUCUUGGAAAAUACUCCCUUUGCUUCAAUCCCUCUUGUGGUCCGCAGCAUUGGUCCUGAACAAUUGGAACGUUUGUUGCAAUUCUUGGGCAAAAUCAUGGACGGCUCUCCACAUGUCGAGUUUUACCUCGAAUGGUGUUUGGAACUGCUCAAUUCGCAUGGAAUACACAUGGACAAGUAUCGAGGUCAAUUUAUGCGUGCUUUUCGAUCCGUCCACAAGAGUGUCCAAACCAAGCACGACGAAUUGAAAACGAUUUGCAAUGAAAAUCGAUACAAUCUCGACUUUAUUGAAGAUCAGGCUCGAUUAGUGACGACGACGACAGCAGUCAAGGCCAACGGAAUGAGUGAUGAAUAG